AUGCAAACUUGUAAGCGUAUAAGUCGGAUUACGAAACCACCUGUCUUAGCCUCUCAGACUAGGGUCAUUAAGUUUUUCGAGCUUCUGAACUUCCUGGCUGAGAACUUUCUCUUCGCCUACAUCGGUGUUUCUACAUUUACCUUCCGACAGCAUCAUUGGCACGUCGGAUUCGUGGCCAUAACUCUUUUUGCAUGUACCUUGGCCCGUGCCAUUCCUGUCUACGGAUUAUCCCUCAUAGUUAACCUGGUACGCCGCUACCAGGCUGGAUACGGUUGUGUGUGCUGUCCCUUACGCACUUCAACUGAGCCUGUCUCAUCCGAGUGGAUCACUGAGGCUGAGGUUGCAGAAUACUCAGUAGCUACCUCAGCCACAUCUGGAGUCAGCACCUCAGGGAACUUGCCUUCCGAAGGACUGCUGAAGCGUUUUCUUGUGUUCACUGCCUAG